AUGGCCAGAACCAAGCAGACCGCCCGCAAGUCCACCGGAGGAAAGGCUCCCAGGAAGCAGCUGGCCACCAAGGCUGCCCGCAAGAGCGCGCCGGCCACCGGCGGAGUGAAGAAGCCUCACCGCUACAGGCCCGGUACCGUGGCUCUGAGGGAGAUCCGCCGCUACCAGAAAUCCACCGAGCUGCUGAUCCGCAAGCUGCCCUUCCAGCGGCUGGUCCGAGAGAUCGCUCAGGACUUCAAGACCGACCUGCGCUUCCAGAGCUCCGCCGUCAUGGCGCUGCAGGAGGCCAGCGAGGCUUACCUGGUCGGCCUGUUCGAGGACACCAACCUGUGCGCCAUCCACGCCAAGAGAGUCACCAUCAUGCCCAAAGACAUCCAGCUGGCCCGCCGCAUCCGCGGAGAGAGGGCUUAGACACCCGACCCGUGGAAACACACACAACGGCUCUUUUAAGAGCCACCACAUGUUCCUGGAGAGCUGGGUGUUCUGGUUAACUAUUAAAUUACAGAUGUGGUUUUGUUUCUUACCUAUACACAUAGUUGAGUAUUUUGUACACAC